UGGGGAUCCAGUCAAGGAAUAUCGGAAAACUGGAAAGCAUUGCUAAAAACUUCAUUGUACUCCGACCUUACUUUUGAUUUAGAAACACAACCGUCAAAAUUACCGUUUAUGUUUAGCUUUUAAUACUUCUACACACCGGUGGUUCGGAAAAGUGUUUUAAUGCCGGAAACUAAAAUGGCAAGCAAGGAAAAUCGGGGCUGUGAUUGCCGAUGCAGGAACUCUCCUGGUUCGAAAACGGGUGCUUCCGGCGACCAACAGGGCACAAUUGGGUUCCCCGUCAGGGACUCUUCCACUUCACAGUCCUCACCGAGAUCGGAUGCCAGUAUGAAGGUCUUUACCAGCUUUAUGCUGAACGCCUGGCGUCAGCGGCGCGAAGAGGUCCGCGAUCUGCAGCAGGUGGUCCAGGGUCUUCAGAACAGCUCCAUGAAGACCAAAAACGAACUGCAUGUUUUGAACACGGUGAUGCGGGUGGAGGAGAAACGAAACAGCGAACUCCAAAUGCAGCUGAAUCAGUCUCACAUGAGUAUCAACAAGGUCCGCACGUCCUGUGAAAGCCUGACCAGUUCGGUUCAAAGCCUUACGGCUGAAAAAAAUGAACUGUGUAAGGAACUGAAUAAAUCCAGGCAGGAGCUCAAAGAUCUGGAAGAGAUCUCGGGCCAAACCAAAAAGGAACUUUUUGGAGCCCUUUCGGAGCAGAGCAACCUGCAAAAACAGUUGUCCGAAGAGCAGCGAUCAAGACAUCAACUGCAGCUGGAAAAUGAGGAACUGCUCAAGAAGGUCAUCAUGGCAGAUUGCAAGAAAGCCCAGUAUAAGAAGGCCAAGGAACAGGCCCAACAGGAACUGGCUGAAAGGGAUGCAAGAAUCCAAACUCUGAGAGCAGCACUCGAGGAGAAGCAACGGCAUGGCAGCGAGCAAACCGCAGAGCUGGAAAGAAUUAAGGCCCAGAUCACGGAAAUUUGCCAUAGGAACACCAGCUCCAACUUCUUGAGUUUAUGUUCGGCAUCCAUCAGCCGAUUGAGUGUGACUCCUAGGACAAGUCAGGAAGUGUCGUCCUUCCAAAGAUUACCAUUAUGGCAAAAGCUUCACCGGUUCUCCACAAAUCUGAUUUACCUGCUCCUUUCGUAUUUCCGUCCAGGUGUCCCUUUGAGUCGUUCCCGCCACCUGCUAUUGGGCUAAAAAUCAGGACGAUAAACAAUGGAAACAAAGUACCCAAAACGGGUUUUAGCCGUCACCGAAAUACCCGAACGCACGAGUUGGAUAAGAAUUAAGUUAACUUUUCUUUUAAGACAUGUAUACAAUUUCUAAAAUUCUGGAAAUUUUUGAAAAGUGCAAGCCCAUUUAGAAUCUAGAAAAAUACUAUAAAGGAGAAUCGAAAGUAAUAUAUAGAAAAUUUAAACAUAUUCGUAUUUUUCACAAUUAAUAAAAUUGUAUAAAAAUUCAAUAAAUUAUAUGAGGUUCCAAAAAGGUUUCA